AUGUCACAGAAUGGCACCGGCAAGGCUCCUGUCCAGAACCCAGAGGACUCAGCCCACGCGGCCCACCAACGGGGCCUGGUCAAAGUCCAACCUGCUCGCCUGGGUGAUCUUCAGCCCAAAUACGCCCAGAAAAUCCAGCAUGACGAUGAGAAUCCCGAUGCGCACGGCUGGUAUGCGCGACUGAUCCACAGCCUGGGCGAAUGUAUCGGCUUCUGCGGCGCGAUCCCCUGCUGCAUCUGCUGCCCCAACCCCUUCAAGCCGGUCGACCAAGGCCAGGUCGGCCUGGUAUCGCGAUUUGGACGCUUUGAGCGAUCGAUCGAUCCCGGUCUGGUCAAGGUGAACCCGCUGAGUGAGAACUUGAUCACGGUGGAUGUCAAGAUCCAGAUCGUCGAAGUGCCGCGCCAGGUUUGCAUGACCAAGGACAAUGUCACGCUCAAUCUCAGCUCGGUCAUCUACUACGCAGUUGUUUCACCACACAAGACCGCCUUUGGAAUUGCAAAUGUCAAGCAGGCGCUCGUUGAGCGCACCCAGACUACGCUGCGCCAUGUCAUCGGCGCCCGCGUGCUGCAGGACGUGAUCGAGCGCCGCGAGGAGAUUGCGCAGUCGACCUCGGAGAUCAUCGAGGGUGUCGCGGCCGACUGGGGUGUGCAGGUCGAGUCCAUGCUCAUCAAGGACAUCAUUUUCAGCAACGACCUGCAGGACUCGCUCUCCAUGGCGGCCCAGUCUAAGCGGAUUGGUGAAAGCAAGGUCAUCGCUGCUCGUGCUGAGGUCGAGUCGGCCAAACUGAUGCGCCAGGCUGCCGAUAUCCUCUCCUCUGCCCCUGCCAUGCAGAUCCGCUACCUCGAGGCUAUGCAGGCUAUGGCCAAGACCGCCAACAGCAAGGUCAUUUUCCUGCCUGCCACGAACCAGACCGUCCAGCAGCAGCUGUCCGCGGCCGACAGUGCCGGCGAGGGUCCCAGCAGAUACGGCAACCAGUCGGAGCAGCCCGAUGACGGCUUCCAGCGUGCGAUGAACGCGCGCGUCGUCGAGGACAUUUAG